AUGGGAAGCAGCCACGUGGUGAAAGGAUCCGGCCGCCGGGUACUCUGCUCACUCGCGAGUACCCUUGCGGCCGGAGGAAAGAAACACAAGGGACCGCUGGAGAUGAGCUCCGCGGUCCCAGAUCUCGGGGAGCCGGAGGAGGCAGACAAUGACAGCCUCCUGGAGCUCCAGAACAGCACAUGA